AUGGGUCUAGCCAGCGCUAUUCGCCUAGGUUUGGGCGAGAGUUUGCUGGUUUCAAUUAUUCCUAGCGAUCUCUCGACAGGUUCCAAUUCAACCGAGCUCGUUCUGCUUAAGACAUCUCGCGUGGAUCGGAAUCAACAAUUCGUGGCACUCGACAUCACCGAUCGCGUGGCGAGAUGGCUCCGGAAAGGAAAAAAACUCCGCCUACUGGUUGAUUGCAUCGGUUGUCAUCAGUUUGCCAUAGAAGCAACAACGGGCCCCACGAUCGACAUCCGAGUCGACAAGAGCUCGGACGCCAGUUUCCGAAGGCGACGACAGCGCUUUCGAGCGAUUCCCCGGAGCGAGCCCACAUGUAUAAACGGUCAGGGUUGUUGUAUGAAAAGUCUCUACAUAGAUUUCCGCAAGUUGGGUUGGGAUUCCUGGAUCAUCGCUCCUACCGGCUACGACGCCAAGUACUGCCAAGGAAACUGCAGCAACAUUCCACGGACGCCCGACACUUUCAGCACGCAUUACUCAUACAUCCUCGAUAGAUAUCGACGCAAGGUGAAUCUCCGGGACCCAGCGUGCUGCGUGCCGAUUCGAUUGAGACCCAUGAGUCUGCUGUAUCAUGAUAACCGGGGACGAAUCGUGAAAUCUGACGUUCCUAAUAUGAUUGUUGACGAGUGCGGCUGCGUUUGAACUAAAUGGAUCGGUCUCACGACUGUGCGAAGGUUCAAUCACGGAGUCCGUCUGGCUCAAUCUUACAAUGACGGGACUGAUUUCCCCACUACUCGCCGCCUGACGCCUCAGGACGUAAAUAAAUGACCCGGUCGCAUUUUAAA